AUGCUUCUACCACUAAUUCCUCCUUUCCGCUAUGCUAUCGUCGAAGACGAAGUUUAUCGCGGUUCUCAGCCAAAGAAUCUGAAUUUUAGAUUUCUUAAAAGGCUAAAGUUAGAAACUAUUCUAUCAAUGAUUCCCGGUGCCCCCGAACAAGCACUUGUGGAUUUUUGCAAAGAACAAAAUAUUCGUAUUAUUAGUUUACCCGUUGCAAAAUUCAAGGAUAAUGUCACCUUGAACUAUAAUAAAGCUGUACAUGCUGUGCAGAUAAUCAUUGAACCUACAAAUUUGCCUAUUUACAUACAUUGUCUCGAUGGUGGAAAUGUAACUGGUCUAGUAAUCGCGUGUCUCAGAAAGCUGCAAAUGUGGAGUGUUUCUUCGGCGAUAGGAGAAUUUUUGAGAUUUCUAAGUGGAGGAGUCAUUUCAUCAGAGGAAAGUGAAUUUGUCGAAAAAUUUAGGGCAGAGAUUGAAAUUCCUCGUCAAAUUCCAAAGUGGCUUUGGAGGGGCCAGGUAACUUUCACCAAACAUCCCACAUUAAAAUUGAAAUUCCUGGACCCAGCAAUUCUGGAAUCUCCGGAGUCAAAACCCUAUAAGGAAAAGAAAGGUGGUGCUGCUGGAGUUGGUACCAAUACUGUGGGGGAGACAAAUGAUAAUCAGAAAUAUCGUAAAAGAGUUAACAACGAAUUAUUAGGAAAUUUGUUGGAACCUCCUGCUAACGUGGCAACAGAAUACGAUGAACGCGAUGAAGUUAUUGAAGAGGAAGAGGAUGAAGAAAUCACAGAAGUAUCUAUGACACUUCAAGCCUUAGCUUUGGAAGGAUUAAAGAUAUUAAAUUAA